GUAGAUGUUAUAUCGCAUGCUUGUAUAUCUUAUAGUUAAAAUAUCAUUCUUACAAUAGUAAUGCAAUGUAAUUUUUAUAACUGCAAAUAACUUUUACUAUAAAUUACUUCAGUAUUCAUGAUGACGCUGAACUGCGUCAAAAUGUUGCUGCUUUUAUUAAUAGCUCUGUCGGAUGCGGCGGGAGCUACGGACUGUUCAAAUUUUAUUAACAACGGAAAGCUGGAGAUUCCCGACAACAUAGACUGUACUUUACCGUCGGACAUAACCGUCGAUGAUCUAAUAGUGCAUGGAACAAUAAGAUUAAAUUCGGGGAAUCCGGUGACGAUUUUUGCUCAGAAAAUUGAUGUAAAACCUGGUGCUAAAAUUUCCGCCGACGGCCUCGUCUAUAAUAAAGCCGGGAAAGGAAACAGUUUCGGAUCUGGAGGUGGCUAUGGAGGUCGAGGUGGCAGUCCAGCCAAUAUGUUCCUGACAAAAUCCGAAUCUGUUGCCCAUGGAAAAACUGCUGGUCCACUAACAACCGGAAGUGAAGGCGGCGGGCCUGGUUUUGGUUCAGGUGGAGGCGCUAUAGUUCUCAACGCCACAGAGUCCAUAGAAAUCAAUGGUAUAGUGUCAGCCAACGGAGGUGAUGCGACAGGAACCGUCGGUGGAGGUGGUAGUGGAGGGAGUAUAUACCUGAUAACAAAAACUAUUCAGGGAUCUGGUGUGAUAUCGGCACGCGGAGGAGACGGAAGUGGUAGCGGUGGCGGUGGUGGCGGUGGCAGAGUAAUACUCAAGCAUGAUACAAUGUUGUCUACUGUUGAGGUUUUUGCUGACGGCGGACUUGGGGGCACGACAGAAGCACUACUUCCACACACGUCAAUGUUAGCAACCUCAUAUGAGAGCAGUACUUAUCAUCCAUCAAAAGGAUAUAUAGGUACAAGCAGUACAUUAUGGCGCCCAAGAACAAUUUAUUAUUCUGGUAGCUACCUUGAGAUGGUACUAAAUUCGAAUUACUACGUCACAAUGAUACAAACCAAAGGCGGUUCGAGCUACUACGUAACAUCAUUUACGGUCCGGUAUUACAACGUGUCUUCGAAUGUUUGGCAAAGUCUCGGAGACGAAAAUUACGUUUUCAGCAGCCCUACCAGUGCACUGAAAAUAUUCAAACUCCCAAGACCGGUGUUUACCUCUAGAAUUCGACUGUAUCCAAAGACUUGGAGAUCUGGAAUUGAAUUGGCUUUUAGAUUGUAUGGGUACACAGAAGGACCGGCAAUGUUUAAAGCUGGAACAUGCACACCUGCAAGUGAAGGGUCCCCUGGAGGUCCUGGUACAGCCUAUUUUUGGAAGCCUGGCUACUCAACACUUGUCGUAAACAACUUCGGAAAGAAUGCAUACAUAAAGAUGGAUAGCAGAUGUGAAGGGUUAGACAUUUCAAAUCAAGGUGCUGCCGCAUUUCUUUUGGACACUAUACAAGACAUUGAGGACAUUAUCAUAUACGACGGUUCUCAUGUGGUAAUUGGAGCAAAUCAAAUAGUUUCUAAUAUCAUUUCGGUUGGGGACCCUAUGAUACAUGUCAUCGGCGAUAAAAAUUUGCAGGUCAACGAAAGAAUGACCGCACACGCUGAUGUUAAAGUAGGUUCCGCAUUGAAAUUAUUUGCUGUGCCAGCAGUAGAGAUUGUCAGUACUAUAUACAUCAGUGGCGAUUUACAAGUUUCAGACCAAUCUUUUAUUCUCAAGAGUCCGGCAAAUCUGACUAUAAAUUCCACCACAACAAAGCAAAUCAAUUGUACAAAACUAGAUAUUGGGACAAAUGCAAUAUUCAGUAUUCUAAACGAUCAAUUCAAUAUUGAAACCACUGAAAUCAGUGUUGACGGUGUAUUUAAAGCUCACAAGUUACAACUAAGUGAUAUCAUAAAGAAUUUCAUUGUAAAAAGCAGCGGUAAGGUUGAGUUUGAUCCAGUUGGAUCUGAUAUGCACCUUGGUCAAUAUAUUGAUAUUAGAGGCAUCGUUGCAUUACAAAGGCACAUAUCAAACUUUGUCGGUUGCACUGACUUUCUAUUAGAUAACGGUAAACUUACUUGGCCCCAGAUAUCAGACAUAAUCACGAUAGCGUGUUCAAAUGUAACACUAAACGGUAUAUUUAGUCUCAGUAAAGUAUCAUUCGGACUUGGUAUUAAGAACUUAAGAAUCGGAUCAGCAGGGGUAUAUACACUAAAAACGGCCGGGUCAAUCCAAGCAGACACUUUUAUCAUAGAAGGACAUUUGGCAUUUGAUAAUUUGACAAUAAACGCUAAAACAAUUGAUAUAAGAGCUGGAGGCAAAAUGACAGUUGAUGGUGUCGGGUCAAUUCAAGCAGACACUGUUAUCACGGAAGGACAUUUGGCAUUUGGUAAUUUAACAAUAAACGCUAAAACAAUUGAUAUAAGAGCUGGAGGCAAAGUGUCAGCUGAUGGUGUAGCAACAAGUGGCCCCGGCAGAGGCAACUCGAAUGGCUCUGGAGGGAGUUAUGGUGGUCGUGGCGGAAGUACAGCAAACGUCUUCCUGGCAAGAACCGAUUCUGUUCCAUACGGAAGCUUUGUCGAACCACUGAACUUUGGUAGUCCAGGUGGUGGUGUCUAUGGCGGGAAAGGUGGCGGUGUAAUUUUCCUAAACUCGAGCGAUUACAUUGCUGUUAACGGCAUUCUCUCUGUAAAUGGCGAAGAUGGAACUGGUGCGAAUAGCGGCGGCGGCAGCGGCGGCAGUGUUUUUCUCCAUGCUAAUACAAUCCGAGGGUCUGGAGUCAUAUAUGCGCGUGGUGGUAAUGGAUUUGGUAGUGGUGGUGGUGGAAGUGGUGGAAGGAUUGCCCUCAAACACAACACGUUUUCCUCAACCCUUGCAGCAUUCACUGAUGGUGGACUAGGCGGUAAUGCUGAAGGUGCGCUUGUACAUUCAUCUAUGGCUGCCAGCUCCUCAAGUUCAAACUAUUAUCAGAGCUAUGGAUAUCUAGGACAAAACCCUUUGCGUUCGUGGCGUCCUAUAGCGACUACUAACGCCUUUCUGGAACAACGACUGAGCACGCAUUCCUACGUUACAUCAAUAGAAACACGCGGAGGACCUUCCUCAAACUAUUAUGUGAAGUCGUACAAUGUGCUAUUCUACAACACAACUGCUGGGUCUUGGCAAAGCCUAGGAGAUAAAAAUUACAUUUUUGAGGGCAACUCUAAUGGACAGGACACAGUAAAACAAAUGUUACCAAGGCCUCUUUACACAACCAGAAUACGUUUGUAUCCCGUAUCGUAUCAUGGUGGAAUAGAACUUGCAUUUAGGCUGAACGGAUAUGCUCCAGGAACAACUUCUCUUGUUCCAAAGGGGAUUUGUGAACCUGCGUCUAAAGGAAGCCCUGGAGGUCCAGGUACUUUUUAUUACUGGAGGAAGAACUCUGCUUCAACAGUUAUAAUUGACAACAUUGGGAAAGACACAAAUAUCAAAAUGGAUAAUACUUGCAAAAAGAUGGACAUUCUUUCGCAGGGUGGAGCCGCAUUCAUCCUUGACCACGGUGCUGAUCUUGCAUUUGUUAUCAUCAAUGAUGGUUCACACCUCGCCGUAGCCUCGGAUCAUACCUUACAACAUGUAUAUGGAGACGGAAGGUCCAUGAUUCACUUAAUACAUAAUACGACACUCGAUAUAGAUGGUGACAUGACAGCGCAUGCGCACAUCCACGAACACUCUUCCAUGAAUUUUGACGCAGAUGUUUUAGUAACUCUCGCCAGUUCCAUAUAUGUCAGUGGAGAUAUCAAUUUCACCAGACCUGAAAAUCAGUCUUUGGUUCUUGCGAAUUUAGCUUUUGUUACAAUUGAUUCCGUUUCCACAAAUCGUAUUUAUUGUAAUAGAUUUGAAAUAAAAGAAAAGGCUACAAUGAACAUUACAAACCAAAAUUCUCUUUUUCAUCUUGAAACUAACGAAAUAAAGAUUGAUGGGACCUUUCAUGCACAUAGUUUGAAGAUUUAUGAUGUUAUCAAAAAGUUUAUUGUCGGUUACAAAGGUGAUGUAGCCUUUGACCCUAUAAGUUCCGAUAUGUAUAUUGGCCCAUAUAUAGAUAUUCGAGGUCAGGUGAAUUUACAGAAGUAUGUGUCAAUUGUGUAUCCUUGCAAACAGUUCCUAUUGGAAAGUGGUAAACUAAUAUGGCCUUCUACAUCAGAUAUCAUAACUAUGGAAUGUGAAAUUGUAAAGAUCAACAGUGCAUUCAGUCCAGGUACUCUCUCUUUCGGUGCUGGAGUAGACCAGUUUUCUCUUGAUGGUAAGGGAAAUUUUGUUUUCACAGCCGAUGGACCGAUUUUAGUCAACACUGUAUCAAUAGCUGGUAGAAUGUACGUGACCAACACAGCCACUUUUGAAUCACACAAAUCGACUGAUGGACGUAUUAUAUCAUUUAACAUUCACAACCCGUACGGACAACUACAGCUUAGUACUAUGAAUCUUCCUGCUCGGACGAAUGCGGAGACGACAAAUCAAACAUGUAAUGUUUUAAAAACGAGAGGCUUGACCAUAGACAAAAUAUUUAACGCACGGGAUCUUGAAAUCGAUAUAGGUAUUGAUGAAAUCAUUGUAAAUACCUAUGGCUCCUGGUCAUUUGGACCCUGCAAAGCAUUUAAAGUACAUGAGCUAUACGUAAAUGGAACCGUUACAUCAUCAUAUCCACUGUAUCUGCAAGGACUGUCUCUUGAAAAGGUAAAGACCGUUCAUAUCGAUGUUGGCGGAUCAGUAGCUCUAGGUUCAUAUGCCCCAAGUACGAAGGCCUGGACAAACGUAUCAAUCAUUAGAGUUCAUGAUUUCUCGAUCGGUGGAACUUUAAAAGCGGGAUUAUUUAUGAAUUAUUUCAAAACUAAUGAAGGUUGGGAUCGGUUGAACAUUUUUGAAAAGGGAUCAUUUUACUUCCGAGCGCAAGGGCCGAUGAUGAUGGACUAUCUAUAUGUAAAUGGCCAUUUUGAAUGUCUUGGAGUUGUUAACAUGAACGGUAGUGAUACAGACCUCAUUAUCCAUAUCGGGUCAAAGGGAACCAUGUCAUUUGACUCGCAGACAUCAUCAGUGUGGAGCGACGAAUCUUCAGUAAUUUCGUCAAGGAUUCAAAUGGAUUCAGGAUCAAUCUGGCAAUCUCGGAAUACUAAAUGGAUUGUAAAUGAAGCUGAUAUCAGUGGAAGUUUAUAUUCCCACCCCUCAUCGGAUGCGAAUAUUUUGUCCUUCACUGUAAAAAACGGCGGUCUUGUAGACUUUUCUAGAGUGUCUGUCGUUAAAGGAAGAACCUUCACCAUAGACAGUGGUGGGACGGUAGAUAUUGAAUACCAGCACAUGCCAGAAGAUACUAACCAAGGUGUGAGUGAAUCGAAAUUGUUGUACAACACAGUAACUGUCAACGGAAUGAUGAAAGCUGGAUCAAUGUUUAUUGGGCAUCUUGAUGAUACUGUAGAACGUCUUGAUCACGUAUACAUAUCAGGGACGAUAGAUAUCAGUGAAGGCGGAUACAUCUAUGACACUGGGCCAGGAAAGGGACAAAUAAAUACACAAGGAGCAAGCGGAGCUUCGCACGGCGGACGGGGAGGCCGCGGAUAUAGUGGUAUGAGAGCUUUACAUUCAUAUGGUAACAUCUUUACCAAUAGUUCCUGGGGCUCUGGCGGUGGCAGUCACUCGCCGUUUGAGAAAACAGGAGGGCGUGGCGGUGGUUAUUUAUAUAUAAAUGCUACCACAAGUGUCAAGAUCAGUGGGCAGAUAAAAGCAAACGGAGGCAAUGCAAAAUCGCCAUUUGCUGGUGGUGGAAGUGGUGGAGACAUCUUUAUAAACUCUGACAAGACAUUUGAGUUAACUGGACAAAUUUAUUGUAAUGGCGGGUCUUCGUCGGGCCAUGGUGGUGGUGGGGCUGGCGGACGUAUACAUGUUUACUUCAAAACAGCUAAUUAUCAUAGUGGAUAUGUACAAGCAAAGGGUGGCAGCUCGGGUUCAGGUGAACACGGUGGACCGGGAAUAUCAUACUUCCAAGGCGAUUCCAUAAGAAAUCUUCGGAUUGACAACGGUUGUAAACAGCCAAAGGUUUCAGAGCCUGCAGGGAAUGUUGCUGGGCCAAAAGAAUUUGAUGUUUACCGUGAAACUGGUGCGAUUGCUUAUUUACGGCCAUCAACUGAUAACUUUACAUUUGACUUUACCCAUGUUGAGUUGUAUGGUGGUGCUCAUGUGACGUUGAACGGCACUGGGACUGUUUUAAAGUCCGAGGUUAUGUACGGGGACGAUACAGGCCAUCUGCAUAUUGGGCCAGGUCAUACGUUCAUAUUGACAAAGGUUGCAAGAUACGAGCGAGCAAACGUUACAUAUGAAGUAUUCCUAUACGAAGGCGCUACCUGGAUCACUCCAGAAGCCACCCUUGAAUUCCGUCAGGUUUUAGACAAAAGAGGUCUAGGUAUGCCAACACAAGCGACAUCAUGUCCUGCAAACCAGUUGCGAUCUACAUCCGGACGAUUCUGGGGACCAAUUGAAGGAACAAAAACACAUAUACUUGUCUCUACGGGUGGAAACAUUAUUCUUGGUCGCGCUGGCAUUCGGACAAAUAAAUUCGCCAAUCUAACCAUUCAGGAUGGUGGAAUAUUGGAUUUAAGGACAAAUUAUGGAGACGAAAGAGAUGUUUGGAAUCUUGAGGUUCGGAGAGGUAUCAGUAAUGGACUAAUUACUAUAGAGGCUGGUGGAUUACUUCUAGCUCGAAAUCUGAAAAUAGACACUGACAUUCUUGAAGUGGAGAAACUCGGGCUACUAUCACUCUCUGGACAAGGACUUACAGAUGGUGACGGGGAAGGGUCAAUAGGUGGGGGAGGCAGCUUUGGUGGUCGUGGAGGAAAUGGGAAUAGUGGCGGAACAGCUGGCCAUGUUUAUGGUAGCGUGUAUAAUAUAAACUUGAUGUUUGGAAGCGGUGGUCAUGCAGCUACUUCUACAUACGGAGCAGGUGGUGGAAUUCUUGACCUCAAUAUAAACAAAAUCCUACUAAUUGAGGGAAUCAUUCAAUCAAAUGGAAAUCCUGGUCACUCUACAACUAUUUCCGGAGGAAGUGGCGGAUUUAUCAGAAUACAUACACGUGACUUUGAGGGAUCAGGAAAUAUUAUGGUUGUUGGGGGAACAGGUGCAACUAAUACAGGUGCUGGGGGAGGUGGUAGGUUGGCAGUAUAUUAUAAGACGGCUCAAUACUGGUUUGGUCAACUGGAUGCCAGAGGAGGUUCAAGUUCUACAGGUGACGGAGGGGCAGGCACAGUGUAUUUGAAGGAUGUAAAGGCGGGUGCCCAGAAUGAAACUUUGAUAAUCGACAACUUCGGUCGAUCAAAGGCAACACUUGGGAUUGCAGACCACUCAUAUGCUGGGUUUAACAAGGAAGGUGGAAGAACAUGGCUUCACGAAACAGAUCUAAAACAAAUGGACACGAUUAAAAUAGUUAGAAACGCUCACGUGGCAAUUCAUCCAAACCUUAAAUCAAACAUCUUUGAUCUUAAAGCGUACCGAUUUGAAGGAGACACUACAGGAAGCUUGCAUGUUGGACCCGAGCAAUUAGUCAUUGUGCAGCAUCCUGAAGAUCUUGAAUUUCUUGUGAAUGUGUACGUGUAUGAGGGAGGAACAUUACUCUUGCCACCUGAUUUCACGUGCUACAACAUAAAAAUGCACAUAUGGGGUACUAUUGGUGUCCAUGAUGUAACUGUUGGCGAAAAAUGUUCUCUUUAUCUCGGUAAAGAAGGUAACACAAAGCGAACAGGGGUAUUUCCCGAUAAAGGCUUAUUUGAUUUCGAGAAAAUAACGGUAGCUGCGGGCGGUGAAAUAACUUCAACGGCUGAUCUAACAGGGGCAAAUGAUAUUAUUAAUAUCAAGGCGAAUAAGUUUCGAGUCAAAGGUGGAGGAAUAGUGCACGCUGUGAAAGUGAAUGUUGAAGCUGCUACACUUAUAGUUGAUGACCUAGGAGAAAUAAUAGGAGAUUUGCAUAAUGUCGCCUGCAACAUCCUGUAUCGUGGUAAAGAUGGAAAGGCUGGAUCAGGUGCUGGACAUGGUGGAAGAGGAGGUGGGAGUUCUGACAAUAUGUUUACGGGAGCACCAUAUGGAGAAAUCUUCGAACCUAUUGACCUUGGAUGUUCUGGCGGGAAAUCCUCAGUUUCCGGAAACGGUGGUCGAGGUGGUGGAACCAUUUACCUUAAUGUAACAAAGGAACUGCAAAACGACGGUGAAAUUAGCUGCAAUGGAGAGCCUGGCACUGGGUCUAGUGGUGGUGGAAGUGGAGGCUCAAUAUUGAUAGAUGUUAAUAAUAUAAAGGGAUAUGGUGAGUUCCAAGUAAUUGGUGGAGACGGUUCAACAACCAAUAAUAUUCAAGGCUGCGGUGGGUCAGGUGGUAGAAUUGCUAUGUUCUUCAACAAAAACUUUACUUUCUCUGGAUCUUGGGAUGUGUUUGGAGGUGACACGUCAAUACCAGAAUGUGACGGUGCUUCAGGGACAGCAUUCUUUUAUCACAAUGGCUACAAACACUCUACACUUCUUGUAAACAACAUCGGUAGGGGUGUUGUUGGUGAGAAAGGAGUUAUUGCAGAUUACUCUGACCUGUCAAGGGAUACAUCACAUACAUGGUUUCUACCACACCAUGGUAUUAACAGCAGAUUCGAAACAACUACAAAUAAGUACUACUUCGAUGAGCUACAAAUAUAUGGCAACGCCCACUUAGCUGUUCUGACGAAUCCUGUAGGAUCAAAUGCAUCUAUAUACUUUGAAAACAUGAUUGGUGAUCGCACGGGAGCUAUACAUGUUGGAGCAAAUCAAAUCAUGGAUUUAAAACGGCCAAGAAUUGAUCUUCCAUUUAACGUUCAUGUAUAUCCAAAUGGCUUUCUUGGUCUUGCACCUGAUACAUAUGUCCAAGACAUUGAUAUAUUUCUAAAUGGAACAUUGGCAUAUGUGGAAAAUCUAACGCUCCAUCACGACGGAAACCUUUGGCUUUACAAGGAAGGAAAAACAAAUGACUUAAAGAACAGUAACUACGAGUUUAAAUUUGUUCAUGUUAAAACCGGCGGAUAUAUCCACAUGAUUACUGACCCUGUAAAAGAAUAUGGUAUUCACUUUACGACUAUUUCAACACAUAUUGAUGGAGGAGGCCUCAUUCGAGGAACACAUCUGUAUUUCAAGUCUUUGAAUAUUACCAUUGAUGCAGGCGGACAACUUAAUGCAGAUUACCUCGGAUACAGAGUUGAAGAUAUUAACACAAAUGAAUAUGGUAUUUAUGGACUAAUUAACCCAGGUCGUGGAUAUACGGGGUCCGAAACGGCGUCUGGUGCAGGUCAUGGUGGAAGCGGAGCAAGGGGAGAGGGUGAUACAAGGAGUGGUUCUCCAUAUGGUGAUAUAUAUGAACCGACUCUAUUUGGAUCAUCUGGUGGUGGGAGUGGUGGCGGUCGAGGAGGUGGGCGGAUAUGGUUAAAUGUAACAAACACGAUACACAUUGAUGGUCAACUAACAGCUAAUGGCGAUAAAGGUAGAACAGUUAAUAGUAAAGUAAGUGGCGGUGGCAGCGGUGGGAGCAUAUGGCUACAUGCAAACCGGGUCACUGGCUUUGGUAUUAUUCAAACACAAGGAGGAAAUGGGUCAUAUCAUAAAUAUUUGAGCAAUGAAAAAUCUGGCGGUGGAGGUGCGGGAGGUAGAAUUGCGAUGUAUUUCAAAAUAAACGUAACCUUUAGUGAAUUUCGCUAUCUUUCUAAUGGUGGAUGGCCAGGUAGAAAUUGUCAAACAUGUGAAGCUGGUGGUCCUGGUACUGUAUUCAUAUAUCACAUACUUGAAGACCAUAGAACACUUAUUGUUGACAAUGACGGUGCACCACCUCCUAGAGAUCUGUAUGUUAACUGGGAUAACCUUCAAAACGAUGGAGGACGUGCUUGGAUUUUACCUAUUUCCGGUAAACAUACGUUUGCGAUGGGGACGAAUGGAGGUUACGCAUAUGAGUUCGAGGAGCUUCAGAUUUAUGGAAACGCUCAUUUGGCUGUCAAUCCACCCACUACAGUUAAUGUUAUUGUAACUGAUACCAUUGAUAGACAUUUACAUGGAUCGGUAGAUGAAAGAAACUACAAUGUUAUCAUCUUUUUCAAAUAUAUGAUUGGAGACCGUACUGGCUCAGUUCACCUUGCAACAAAACAAGCUAUGGAUUUAAUGACAGGGAUGGAUCGGGAAGAAAUGGAUCUCCCUUUCAACACAUACACUUAUACAGGAUCAUACCUUGGUUUAGCAAAUGAUACUUAUGUCCACGGUGUUGAAAUACACCUGAGUGGAAUAAUGGCUAAUGUUCAAAAUAUAACUUUAAGACUUGGAGGAUAUCUAUGGCUUAAACAUGGAGGUCAUACAGUAAAUGAGAUCGAAAGUAUAUAUAGCUUUGAUUAUAUUAAAAUACAAGAUGACUCGUCUCUGAAUGCAACGACUGACCCGAUCAAAGAAGAAGGCAUAACAUUUUUCCUUAAAGGACUAUCAAUAGAAGGUGGUGGAAUAAUGCAUGGAACAUUUCUCACUGUAAAUGCAGCAAAUAUAACUGUGGAUGCUGGGGCUCUUUUGUCAGCUGAUGGUCUUGGGUACAGAUUCGAGCACAAGGAAGCAAUCCACGGCUCUAUAUCAAAACACGGAAAAGUUAAUCCAGGAGCUCCGGAUCUAUUAAAUGGUCAAGGUGGUGGUGCAGGACAUGGAGGUUCAGGUGGUAAAGAAGAAACUGCAGGAGCACGAGCAGGUUUUGCUUAUGGAGAUAUCUAUCAACCGCAGAAAAUGGGAUCCUCUGGUGGUGCAGGCUUGAGCAAUCAAGGAGGCGGAAGUGGUGGAGGACGGUUAUGGUUUAAUGUUACAGAUACAAUUUUUAUAGAUGGACUAGUUACUGCAAAUGGUGCAGAUGCUAUUUUCUUUGGGUCCGGUGGUGGGUCGGGUGGGUCGAUUUGGAUGCACUGCAAUAUCAUACAAGGUUAUGGUUCGAUUACUGCACAUGGUGGUAAGGGAUCAAGUAAUUAUCCUAACACAGGCAGUGGUGGUGCAGGUGGAAGGGUAGCAGUCUAUUUCAAUAUUAAUGAAACCAUGUCAACGUUCCGUUAUCUUGCAUAUGGCGGUUCCUCUGGCGGAAUACAAUCCGAACAUGGUGGAGCUGGAACUGUAUUUAUAUACAACAAGUUGGAAAACCACACGACACUCAUCUUAGACAACAACGGUCAGUAUCCAAGAGACAAAUACAACAUUAUAAACAACUAUGCUGAUUUAACUUUUGACUCAUGUCGAACCUGGAUAUUACCACAAUCGGGGUACAAUAAAUUUGCAAACGGAAUGUUUCAGUUUCAUUUCAAUGAAUUGCAAAUCUACGGCGCUGCUCAUAUGGCUGUGCUUCCUGAACCAGUUUUUACAAAAGUAGAAAUAUUUUUCUUGUACAUGAUUGGUGACAGAACAGGCACUAUUCAUGUAGGUAAAAAUCAAACGAUGGACUUGCAUAGAAAAGAAAUUAAUCUUCCGUUUAACGCAAGGGUAUAUAAAGGAGGCUAUCUUGGACUUGCAUCAAAAACCAUUGUACAUGGAGUUACAAUUUGGCUAUCUGGUGAAUUAGAUCAUGUAGAAAAUCUAACAUUGCAUCAUCAAGGUUAUUUAGAGCUUCACAAAGGAAGCUUUACCUCUGAUAACUCUCCAGAUCAUUAUACAUUUGUCUCGGUGAGGAUUCAGGACAACGCAACAAUAAGUGUAUUGAUAGACCCACUUGCUAGUAUAACAUCUUACUUCACGGCAAUCAAUGCAAUUACAAUGGAAGGUGGAAGCUGGUUUUAUGGUACUAACAUGAAAAUUAAAGCAACCAAUGUCACGUUAGACUACGGGGCAACAAUCCAUGCCGAUUCUCUCGGUUACAGACCGGAAGAUGAAAAGAUGACAGCAGCAUCAAUCGUGGCUUGGGAACUACUAGCAAAAGUGGUUCAUCUGGUGCUGGUCAUGGCGGUACCAGCGGAAAAGGUGCUGGUACAACUUUAA